ACCCACCAGCAGAGCAGCUGGGGUUGAGGAGGGCUGCUUGGUGCUCUCUCCACCUAUGCGCUUCUCCUUACUCAGGUCCUGAGCCAGCCUUCGUGAUGAAUAUGUGUUAUUUGAUGUCAGCUGAUUAACUAGGGUUUCCUCAUACUCCCUGCAAAGCAACAUCUGGAACAUUUUGACCUCAUCCUCUUAAAGGCCAUAAAAGUUGAUAGAUUUUUCUUGGAUAUCUUUUACUUAACAAAAUACCUGAGCUGCAAGGGAGCCAGGCAGAACCCACUUCCUUGGGAGGAAAGAGGUUGAUUUCUAUCCUGUUAUUAGAAUGAGAAACAGAGGUAAAGAAAGGGGAAAACUUGCCUAAAUUCACAGGUUGAAGUUCCAGAUCCUGGUCUCAGCUCAGCCUACCUCGGUGCCCAGAGGGGAAUAGGAACGCAAACACCGGAGGCUCUGGACCCGCCUCCUCUAGGCCAUGGAUUAAUGCUGCUGGGCAAGGGCCCUUUCCCCACUACAGUGGGAUAAGAGGCUGCCCUCACAGUCACAAUGCUCCCGGGUCACAGAGGUGCUGGGCCCCAGGCCAGCCUCUGCCUGGGAAGUUCUCUCUGGGAACAUCUGGUGGGUACUACAGGCCCUAUGGCCUGUGGAACCUCACUACGGGGGGGAGGGCUGGGCCAGACGGAGUCAUCACCUGUGGUGUCGGCCCCAUGGAUGAGAUGGAGUGGAUACACAGACAUCCCAAGGCUGAGGACCUAAGGGUUGGGCUCAUCAGCUGGGCAGGAACUUACCUCACCUUUGAGGCAUGCAAGAAUACAGUCACUGCAACUGCGAAGAGUUUGGGCAGGAGACAGACCUGGGAGAUCCUGGUGAGCAAUGAGCAUGAGACACAGGCCGUGGUACGACUAAAGAGUGUGCAGGGCCUCUACCUGCUGUGUGAGUGUGAUGGCACUAUGUGUUAUGGCCGCCCAAGGACCAGCCACCAUGGGUGCUUUCUAUUGCGUUUCCAUCGGAACAGCAAGUGGACCCUCCAGUGCCUAAUUUCUGGUCGUUAUCUGGAGUCCAAUGGCAAGGACGUGUUUUGCACUUCCCGGGUCCUGUCAGCUUACCACAUGUGGACCCCCCGACCAGCCCUCCAUGUCCACGUGAUCCUCUACAGCCCCAUCCACCGCUGCUAUGCCCGGGCUGACCCCACUAUGGGCCGCAUCUGGGUGGAUGCAGCAGUUCCCUGCCUGGAGGAGUGUGGCUUCCUGUUGCAUUUUCGAGAUGGAUGCUACCACCUGGAGACCUCUACACACCACUUUUUGUCCCAUGUAGACCGGCUGUUCUCCCAACCCUCAUCACAGACAGCUUUUCACAUGCAAGUGCGGCCUGGAGGGCUUGUGGCACUGUGUGAUGGAGAAGGAGGCAUGUUAUAUCCACAGGGCACGCAUCUGCUCUUGGGCCUGGGCUGCAACCCCGUGAGGGGUGAGGAGUGGUUCAUCCUACAGCACUGCCCAACCUGGGUGAGACUCAGGUCAAAGACUCGGCGGUUCAUUUCUGUCAUCUACGAUGAUGAGGUGCGUGCUGCUUCUGAGCGCUUAACCCCAAUGUCCUUGUUCCAGUUUGAAUGUGACAGUGAGAGCCCCACUGUGCAGCUUCGUUCAGCCAAUGGCUACUACCUAGCCCAGAGGCGCCACAGGGCAGUGAUGGCUGAUGGGCACCCCCUGGAGUCUGACACGUUCUUCCGAAUGCACUGGAACUGUGGCAGGAUCAUCCUGCAGUCCUGCAGGGGGCGCUUCCUGGGCAUUGCACCCAACGGCCUGCUGAUGGCCAAUGCUACCCUUCCAGGCCCAAAUGAGGAAUUUGGGAUUUUAUUUGCCAAUCGCCCCUUCCUUGUAUUGCGAGGUCGUUAUGGCUAUGUGGGCUCCUCAUCAGGCCAUGACCUCAUACAGUGCAACCAGGAUCAGCCUGACCGCAUUCACCUACUACCCUGCCGACAGGGUAUCUACCACUUCCAGGCACAGGGGGGAUCCUUCUGGUCAAUAACAUCCUUUGGUACCUUUCGCCCUUGGGGCAAGUUUGCCCUCAACUUCUGUAUCGAGCUUCAGGGGAGCAACUUACUCACCGUACUGGCCCCCAAUGGCUUCUACAUGCGAGCCGACCAAAGCGGCACCCUGUUGGCAGACAGCGAAGACAUUACCAAAGAGUGUAUCUGGGAAUUUUAGGUCAAUCGAAUGUCACCUACCAAAAUCCAAAUCCUCCAAGAAAAACUACUACACUAAAUGGAACAGGAACCCCAGAGUCAAGAUCCAAGAGAAGAAUAUCUGUUACAACUCUUCCUACUCAGUUUAGCAAAACACCUGUUUUAUGCAACAAUACAUCACAACAGGCCACCCCCAA